UUAAGCUCAUUGUAAAGUGCAAGUGCUCUGCUAUUAACAGGCACUGUAAACUGUUUGCGUUGGAGCAAUAAUCUGGUGAUAGCUCGUAGCCCAAGAAUCCAAUCGUCUGAUGGAUGAUGGCUAUAAUUCACAACUACCCAUCUGCGCAUAGGAAUAAACGGAUGCCGUUUUGCAUGGGAUCUUCCGCGCAUCGCAGAGAUCGACAAAAGCAAGCUCAGCUUUAUCUCUGCCGUCGUGAUGCUUGCUAGAAUGACUCCCUUAUCCUUAACUCCCACUUUCUCUCUCCUCCUCCACCGCCACCGCCGCCUAGUACACAGGUCCCUCAUUGACCUCCCUUUCUCUUAUUCUUCUCCUCAUUGCUUCUCUCCGAAGCCGACUUCUGUCUUACACUUUCAUUUUCUCUAUCGUCCUCCCCAUGCAACCACCACUCGGAGUUCUUCGCCGUCCUUCACUCCAGUUGCCGCCGCUGGGGGGGCUUUGCUUCAAGAUGCUGGAGCUACGGCUGCUGUUCUCGCCGGUGCUUACUGUCUGGUUCUCGCUUUUGAGACUCUCACUGAACGAGAAGUUAUCAAGCAGAAUUUGAGCAGAAAACUGGUUCAUAUAUCGUCUGGUUUGCUUUUCGCCAUUUCUUGGCCUAUUUUCAGCACUUCAAAAGAGGCUCGCUACUUUGCUUCUUUGGUGCCUCUUGUGAAUUGCCUGAGGCUUGUCAUCUAUGGCCUCUCGUUGGCUCCUGAUGAUGGUCUCAUAAAGUCUGUUACUCGAGAAGGAAAUCCAGAGGAGCUGCUAAGGGGUCCUUUGUAUUAUGUCCUCAUAUUGAUUUUUUGUUCACUAGUCUUUUGGCGUGAGUCUCCUGUUGGGGUAAUCACUUUGGCAAUGAUGUGUGCUGGGGAUGGUGUGGCUGAUAUCAUGGGGAGAAGAUUUGGGUCAGUGAAACUUCCUUAUAAUCAACAGAAGAGUUGGGUGGGUAGCAUAUCUAUGUUCAUUUUUGGAUUCUUGAUUUCUAUCGGGAUGCUGUAUUACUACUCAGCUUUGGGAUAUUUUCAGUUGGAUUGGAUGUCAGCAAUUCAAAGGGUUGCUUUUGUUGCUUUACUCUCGACAGUAGUGGAGUCCCUUCCAACUACUGAAACUGUAGAUGACAACAUAUCUGUUCCUUUGACCAGCAUGGUAGCAGCCUAUCUAAGUUUUGGUUUCUAGUUUGUGAAAAUAGAAGAUUGAAUAUUUCCUCAUAUCCUUUAAGAGUGCACUUCGACUAGAUGUUGUACAACUAAUUUAGGAAUUGAAAGUGGACUUUUGUUCUUAAGAUGCUGAUUUGAAUUGUAAUGAAAAAUGAUGCUACUGUAGAUUGCAUAUUGAGUAAAAGUAUGAAAAAUGACUAAACUUU